UUCUCUGCCUUGCCUUACCGUUGUCUGUGCGAGCUUGCACAGUUUGCUUUUAUCGUGCGCCACAGCCGUUGGCCACUUUAGUUGGAUUUGAAACGUUUGCGCACGCGGUUGUUGCUGCUUCCCGCCAAACUCGAAAACGCGAACAAAACGUGCAACUAGCUACGUGCGACGUGCAACGGUCUUGUAACGGUUUCUACUCGGUUUCUACCUGAAGGAUAAAUCGUGAAAAACGUGUCAAGAAUUUCAUUUCAUGAGCCUAAAAACAAACCUAGACUAGAAAACAUGCGUGUCUCCCAGCUGCUGCCUCAACUGUGGUUGCUCAUCUGUUGCCUGAUAUGUCUAAUACGCACAGCUGCUGCACUCAAUGAGGCCUUGGCCACACAGCUGGCGGACGCCGAGGCGCAAGUUGCAGCAGAAUCGGAUUUGGAGGCUAAUGCGCCGCAUAUACGUAAAAAGCGUCUUGUUUGGAUUACGGACGAUGGGCGCUUGGCACUGCCACCGGGCACCUCGCUCACAUUUACGCCGACAAUUGCCAUGCCACUGGUACGACAUCCGCCUGAAGGCUUCUUCUCCAAUCUGACGAUAAGUUUCCCCGUGACAAUUGACUUCGAUAAGCUCGGACUGACGGACAAUCAGAACCCAUUAGGUGAUUUGCCUUUCUUCGCCAGAUCCUUUGGCCAUGGCGCAGGGCAAAUGGUUGGCGAGUAUGUCUCACGCUAUUUGCAUAUUCAGCGUCGCAAGCGUGAUCUCAGCGAGCAACGCAGUAGCUCCGAUGAGAAACCCUUUAAGGUGCGUGAGGAGCUGCUCAAUUAUCCAGAGCUUCCAGCUGGUCUGAAGCACAUAUUCCAUGGUGGCGAGCGUGUGCUGCUUUAUGGCGUCGUUGAGGAUUUCCUCGCCACCUUUGGUAUGGAUGGCAAGGCGUGUCUGCUGCGCACCAUCUGUGAGAUGCAUUCGCGCAGCUUGGACAAGUUUGGCGUCUUUGGCGAGAUGACAAAGCUCUUUCUCACGGUUACAAAGUCGCCUUUUGCCGAGCUCAUACCGGAGUAUGUGCGUGCACAGCAUGUGGGUGAAGGCAAGCAGGCGCCUGGUGAAUGUUUCCCCUACUACAAGGCCUGUCCCAAGAGCAUCUUCAAGGCGCUGGCCAACAAGUACAGUGCUCAAGCAAAGCCAAUGGCAGCGAAGACGACGACGACUACGACGAGUACGACGACAGCAAGGCCUGCGGGUGAGUACCAGGAGCAGCAGGCCGUACUGCUGCCGAACAAUAAGGAGCAGGAUCAGCAGGAACAGGAGCUCAAUCGCAACGUGGUGUACAUGUGA